AUUUUAGAUUCGCGGCCUCAGACCAUUGUUUCUUUUCCGAUAAGGACUGCAGUGCAUAAUAUUUGAUUUAUUGUUGAAUUAUGACGAGUGUGCACAUCUUGAUAUCAGCUUGUCAGCUGUCGGAUUUCUGGAAAAAAUAACGACUGUCAAGAAAGGAGGUGAGGCGAAAGAAGGUUUUUUUCUAGCAAAUGCGUGGAUAGAAAGGGCAUUAGAGAGUUUUCGCGGUAAUACGCAGACGCUUUGGGGGAAGUUGAGAAUGUAUUGUCAAAAUCCUUUCAUAACAAAAGCAGCCUUGGUCGAAAAUCGGUGAAUCAAACAGCACCGUCGUCUUGGACUCUAGAUAAACAACCUACAUGUAUUAGCAAUAUUCGUCCGGCCUGAGUCUUCUGACGAUCUGCUGUGAGUGUUGUCCCGGUCCACCAACUUCGACAAGAACCUCUCGGCUGUCACUUGUGAUUUUGCUUGCAUUUACAAAGGAAGUGGUGAGUUGUAGGAAGCGUUUCGGUUGUGCUUGCAAAAAUGUCCUAUUAUUGAGGGAGAGCGCGGUCAGCAGAAAAUAGCCCUACAUGGAAUGAGAACAGAUGCGUACCAUAUAGAGCGGAAAAACAAAUUCAGAGGCAGUGAGAAAACAGACAACCGCAAAUAAUUAUAGGUCUAUGAAGAAUACACUCUGAUCAUCAUGAUCAUGGACGUUGGUUCAAUAAGUACCGAAUCAAUCGGAUUGACCAAUAAUGGCUAUGGCUACGGCAGUAUGGCGAUCUCUAUCUGCCUGUGCAUCGUCGUCGUCGUUCUUGUAAAGAAUUCUAGGAGACCAAACCGAUUUCCACCUGGACCUCCUGGCCUUCCAAUCAUCGGAAAUGUGCUCGAUUUGACAGCAAGCAGCGAAGUUCUAUUCGACAAAUGGUCCAAAAUCUAUGGCGACAUCUUUAGUUUCCGGGUCGGGGAACGAUGGGUCGUUGUUCUAAAUCACCAGGAGGUCAUCAAAGAAGCAAUGCUGAAGUAUGGCGUCGAAUUCAGCGGCAGACCUCAGGUUUAUUCAGCGGAAAUUGCUUCUGAUGGGUUCAAAGACAUUGUCUUCAGCAAUUUUUCAGAAACUUGGAAACUUCACCGAAAAUUGGCCCAUUCAGCUAUCAGACAAUUUGCUACAGGACGGAAGUUAGAUAGUCUAGUCCACGGUGUCUUUCCUCAAGUACAACAAAUGUUGAAAGAGAACAGUGGGAAGCCCUUCGAUCCAAAGCUAAUGAUAACCCUAACUCUUUACAAUAUCUUCUCCAAAAUGUGCUUCAAUGAAAGUUAUGACUUCAGUGAUCCCCGAAUGAUGGAGUAUAUUGAGAUGUCUAAGGAGCUGGGUGAGAAGGUCGGCUUUGGUCUGGUUGCGGACUACAUCCCUUGGGCCAGGUUCUUGUCUUUUGGUGGAGCCAGAUACAUCCGGAGAAUGAAGCAGAAGUACAUGGAGUGGACGUCGCCUCAGCUUCAGCGUCAUCGCGAGACCUUAAAUCAAGAUAAUGCUCGGGAUUUUUGUGACCUAAUGCUUUUAGCCCAGAUGAAAGCCAAGGAGAGCGAUGAAGACAGAGAAAUAUCGAAGAAUUUAUCCGACAUCCACCUAGCACAGACAGUCAACGAUAUCUUUUUAGCUGGAAUAGAGACAUCGAUGCAAAGGCUCUAUUGGGCAAUCGCUCUGAUGACCGAGCACCCUGAUAUCCAGGCUAAAAUACAACACGAGAUCAACGACGAGAUCGGGCGUGGUCGUUACCCGGUCAUCGGCGACCGCGGGAAGCUUCCAUACACGGAAGCCACACUGUAUGAAAUGAUACGAUAUAGCACCGUAGGACCCAUCGGAGUACCCCAUUCAACUAUGGUGGAUACAGAAUUCCGUGGCUUUCUUAUACCGAAGGACACGAUCAUUCUUCUAAAUCAAUAUUCGAUGCAUUUCGAUGAAAGAGAAUGGAAAGACCCUCAUUCAUUUCUACCAGAGCACUUCUUGGAUGAGAGCGGGACAACUCGUCAACAUCCAUCGAGCUUUCAACCCUUCGGUACCGGUCGUCGUAGUUGUCUUGGAGAAGCUGUUGCCAAGGCUGAUCUGUUCCUCAUCUUCACAUGGCUCAUGCAGAACUAUACUGUUCGGAAAGUUCCCGGAUGCCCUGAGAAGUGCCUCCUGAAGCUCCUCCCCGAGACGGCUGCGGGGCGAGUUCUGCAAAGUUACGAGAUUCUUAUCGAGGAGAGAUAGGAAAGGGCAU